AUGACCAAGAUUCAACGUCGUGCCCGCGCGGCUGACACCGCCCCGUCAGGCGCCGCUGCGCCCAUCACGGCCGAGACUGGUAUCAAGUACACGUGCGACGUGUGCGGUGUCGACGUCACGCACACCGUCCACAUUCACUGCGCCGCGAAGGAGUGCGAGGAGGUCGACCUGUGCCCGAACUGCUUCUCAGAAGGAAAGGAGGUCCAGCAGCACAAGGCGUGGCACCCGUACAAGGUCAUCGAGCAGCACUCCUACCCGAUCUUCACGUCCGACUGGGGAGCCGACGAGGAGCUGCUCCUGAUUUCGGGAUGCUCGACAUACGGACUGGGCAACUGGAUUGAGAUCGCGGACCACGUCGGCACGCGCACCAAGGAGGAGUGUGAGAAGCAUUACCUCGAGGUGUUCCUUGGCGUCGGUGACGGCUCAGAGGCGAAGAAGUGCGCCGAUCCAAAGGUCAGUGUCGAGGAGGCCGCGGACAAGUACGAGGUGUAUAUGCCGCCGAUGGACCGAACAUUCAACAUCGACCCCGACGUCUUCCAGAAGCAGAAGAAGGCGAGGAUAGAGGAAAUGCGGAAACCGGCUGCGUUACCGUCUGCUUCUGCCAUCGCCCCGCUGGUUUCGGCGCCUACGAAUCACGAGGUCGGCGGCUUCAUGCCUGGUCGUCUCGAGUUUGAGUCUGAGAUUGACAACGACGCCGAGCUUGCUGUCAAGGACAUGGACUUUGGCCUUGUGUUUAAGUACGGCGGGGACGAGCAGCCCGCGGCCAAGGUCACGCGGCCAGUCGAGGAGGAAGAGGAGGACGAGGAGGGAAGCGAGGAGGGAAGCGAGGAGGGCGAGGACGUCAAGCCCAACGUUGAGGAGGACGUGGACGUCAAGUCUGAGCCAUCAGACGAUGGCAGUGCUAGCAGCAAGAAGCGCAAGCGCGAUGCCGAGGAGCCGGCCCAGGACGUCGAGGAUGAGGAUGAGCUCGAGAUCAAGCUCGCCAUGCUCGACAUCUACUUCUCCAAGCUCGACAAGCGUGAGAUGGUCAAGGACUUCAUCUUUGACCGCGCGCUCACCGAGCACAAGAAGAUCCAGGCGAACGAGCGCAAGCGGCCAAAGGACGAGCGUGAGCUUGUGCAGCGGUACAAGGUGUUCGCCAAGCUGCAGACUGCGCAAGACUUUGAGACGCUCAUCGAGGGUCUCAUCUACGAGACGCAGCUGCGCAAGCGCAUCGGCGAGCUGCAGGAGUACCGACGGUUCGGCAUCACGACGGCGGCCGAGGCGGAGACGUACGAGGCUGCCAAGGCUGCCCGUGCGGGCUAUCGCCCGGUGCUGUCUCGCGAGCCGACGGAGAUCAUGCGCACCGGCGCCCGCGUCAAUGCCGGCCAGCACCGUUUCCUGCACGGCACUCCUCCACCAGGUGCCGCCGGUCACGGCGACCGUGGCAGCCGCGACCCGACGCCGCGCGCGCCGGGCCACACGGGACGCAAGCCGCCAGCACCCCUCAACCUCGCGAACGCGGCGUCGCUGGACCUGCUCUCGAGCGAGGAGCAGAACCUGUGCUCGACUCUCCGCGUCCUCCCCAAGCCGUACCUCAUGAUCAAGGAGACGUACCUGCGCGAGAACGAGCGGCGCAAGGGUCUGCUGAAGCGCCGCGACGCGCGCAAGAUGAUGAAGAUCGACGUGAACAAGUCGGGUCGCAUCUUCGACUUCCUCGUCGCCAACGGCAUUCUCAAGCUCAUGUACGACCCGACGAUCAAGGGUCUCGGUCCAGGCAAGGAGGGGCACCACAUCGGCGUCCCCAUCGACGUGACGACUGGCCGCCCGUUGCCGCAGGCCGCAGCCCAGCCCGUCGUGCAGCAGCAGCCCGCCGCCGCCCCUCCGCCCUCGGUCACGGUGAACGGCGGCGCGUCGUGA